AUUACUUUAAUAGACCACAAGCUCUAGAAUUACUAAUGAAACUCUUAAGAAGGAAAAGCUGGUCUUGGUCUUCUAAAUCCAAUAUUUCCAAGAAGGGGGAAGAAGAAAGAGAUAACAAGGAUAUUCAAAUCUUAUCAUCCACUAUAACAUCAACAUUGAAUCUCCAUGCUCAAGAGGAAACAGAUUCUUUGGAAAGUAUAGAGUCAUCUGGUGUUGUUUCUCUACCUAAAGUAGGGAAAAGUGUUUCCCUUAUUCUACCACCUCCUUUACCAGAGGCCAUUCACUCAAAACAAGGAUUGAACAGAUCCAGUUCCAUCUACCAAGUUGAUCCCCCAUUAAAUCCAAUAUACACAGGGAUUCCGGUGAAUAGACUUGCUUUAAUUGAUAAGAGUGAUAUUCUUGCUUUUAACCACCAACUACUGUGUGAAUAUCUCCAUAUUGAACAGAAUUAUUAUUUCCGUUGGUUGGUGUGGUACUAUAAAGAAAAUAAAAUUAAAACUAUUGUAAAAUGCAUCGAAACUAGUCGUGAUUUAAUUGAUUUUAUGAAUCAUGAAUACAAUGACUUAGUUCAUAAAAAUAUUUAUCGUCAAUUUUUUAUUGCAAGAUAUGGGAUUAUUCCUAAUAGAAAAUGUAUCAAAGAUGGAUAUACUAUUGAAAUUAAAAUUCCUAUUGAUGACGAUUCAAAAGAUUAUGAAGAAAAUACUAGUGUUGAUGAUCAUGAUGAACAGCUUAUGGAAGAGCAGUCGAUUAAGAAAUUCUUUACUUUACUUUUAGAGAGUACUUGCUCAAAUAGGAUUUACAAUACUAUAGAUCAUUUAAAAAUAUCUAUUUGCGGAAUAAAUUUAAAAUAUAUUUCAAAUCAUAUAAGAAUUUCCAUUUGGAUAUAUCCAAUUCCAAAUCAAACUUAUAAUAAAGAAUUUAUAAUUGAACAAACUGAAAUGCUAAUUAAUGUUUUGAGAAGUUGUAUAACAAAUGAAUUUAAACAUUUAUUUAAUAAAGUUUUAUUUAUGAAUAACAACGAUGAUUCCACAAUCAUACUAGAAUUUAUAUAA